GUGUAAUGUGUCGGAGCGGUUUGUUGUUUCAACAUCAUUCAGUCAGUGGAAGGGAAAGCGGUUCCACUUUACCUCAGACAUGAAGGACUUAUAAACUUAUACCUUGCUCUUGUCUCCGUGUGUUCCGUAAUGUACGAAAGGAGGAUUUUGUGUGGAAGGAAAAUAUACAUGUUGCGGAAAUAUUUCGGCGGAGAAAGAAGGAAAGGCGAGCUGGCUAACUUUUGCUAGCUAGCUAAUCCCGUUAGCGACGCGUCUUAUUCGGCUAGCAGCUGAGCUAAGCUAAACCUCGGAUGAUGCUGCGCUGGAUACGGCAACAGCUGGGUUUCGACCCGCCGCAUCAGAGCGACACCAGAACGGUUUACAUUGCAAACCGCUUCCCUCAGCAUGGACAUUACAUUCCACAGAGGUUUGCGGAUAACAGAAUCAUCUCCUCUAAGUACACCAUAUGGAAUUUCAUUCCCAAAAAUCUGUUUGAACAGUUCAGAAGGAUAGCCAAUUUUUAUUUUCUCAUCAUCUUCCUCGUCCAGUUAAUGAUAGACACACCAACUUCCCCUGUGACAAGUGGACUUCCCUUAUUUUUUGUCAUUACAGUAACUGCCAUUAAACAGGGCUAUGAGGACUGGCUGAGACACAAAGCCGAUAAUGAAGUAAACGGCGCCCCCGUAUUUGUGGUGCGCAGUGGCAGUCUGGUGCAGACUCGAUCCAAGAAUAUACGAGUCGGAGACAUAGUAAGAGUAGCAAAAGAUGAGACGUUUCCAGCUGAUCUGGUGCUGCUGUCUUCAGAACGAGCAGAGGGGACAUGUCACAUCACAACGGCCAGUUUAGAUGGAGAAACAAAUCUGAAGACUCAUUAUGCAGUACCGGAGACGGCUACGUCUCAAUCCGUGUCCCGGCUUGAAGCUCUGCAGGCUGUGGUGGAGUGCCAGCAGCCUGAGCCUGAUUUAUACAGGUUUGUUGGGAGAAUCACAAUAACACAGCAUGGGGAAGAGAUUGUCAGACCUUUAGGACCAGAAAACCUCCUGCUCCGUGGAGCACGACUGAAAAACACCAAAGAGAUCUAUGGUGUGGCUGUGUACACAGGCAUGGAGUCCAAGAUGGCUCUGAAUUACAAGUGCAAGUCCCAGAAACGCUCAGCAGUUGAGAAGUCGAUGAACACGUUUCUCAUCAUCUAUCUGGCUAUCCUGCUUUUCGAGGCUGUCCUCAGCACCAUUUUAAAGUACGCCUGGCAAGCGGAAAAGAAAUGGGACGAGCCAUUCUACAACGAGAAAACAGAGACGGAACGCAACAGCAGCAAGAUUUUAAAGUUCAUCUCCGAUUUCUUGGCUUUCCUCGUUCUGUACAACUUCAUCAUCCCCAUUUCGCUGUAUGUUACCGUGGAGAUGCAGAAGUUUCUGGGUUCCUUCUUUAUUGGCUGGGACCUCGACCUCUACCAUGAGGAGAGUGACCAGAGAGCCCAGGUCAACACCUCCGACCUCAACGAGGAGCUGGGGCAGGUGGAGUACGUUUUUACCGACAAGACGGGAACUUUGACGGAAAACGAGAUGCAGUUCCGUGAAUGCUCCAUCAACGGUGUCAAAUACCAAGAGAUCAACAGCAAAUUGGUCCCUGAAGGAAUGACCGAGGACGUCCCAGACACCGGCUUCUUCCUGAGCAGGGAAGAGGAGCUGUUCCUGAAAGCCGUGUCUCUGUGCCACACUGUUCAGAUCAGUUACGAUCAGCCAGACGGCGUGUCUGAUCCUUUUUCCCACGCCAACGGAUUCACAUCUCAGAUGGAGUACUACGCCUCGUCUCCUGACGAAAAAGCCCUCGUGGAAGCUACAAAGAGGAUGGGCGUGGCCUUUGCAGGAAGUAAUGGAGAAACCAUGGAGAUCAAAACAUUUGGCAAAUCCGAAAAGUACAAACUCCUUCACGUGUUAGAGUUUGACGCGAACCGAAGACGCAUGAGCGUGAUAUUGCAGGCUCCCUCGGGGGAGAAGUUGUUGUUCACUAAAGGAGCCGAGUCCUCUGUUCUUCCCUAUGCCAGCAGUGGAGAGAUUGAGAAGACCAGAGUGCACGUGGAUGAAUUCGCUCUGAAGGGUCUGAGGACACUAGUGGUGGCCUACAGGCUCUUCAGCGCGGAGGAGUAUAAGGAAGUGGAACGGCGGCUACACCAGGCUCGAACAGCUCUCCAGCAGAGAGAUGAGAGGCUCAGUGAAGCCUUCAACUUCAUCGAGAAAGACCUGCAUUUGCUUGGAGCCACCGGAGUAGAAGACAAGCUGCAGGAGAAGGUCCAGGAGACGAUUGAGGCUUUGCGAUUGGCUGGAAUUAAAGUCUGGGUGCUAACAGGAGAUAAACACGAGACCGCAGUCAGCGUGAGUCUCUCCUGCGGUCACUUUCACCGCACUAUGAACAUCCUGGAACUCGUGCAGCAGAAAUCCGAUCACGAGUGUGCAGAGCAGCUCCGCAGGCUCGCCCGCAGAAUCAAAGAAGACCAUGUGAUUCAGCACGGGCUGGUGGUGGAUGGUGCAAGUUUGUCUCUGGCGCUGCGUGAACACGAGAAGCUCUUCAUGGAAGUGUGUAAGAACUGCUCUGCGGUGCUCUGCUGCAGGAUGGCACCACUGCAGAAAGCCAAGGUGGUUCGCUUGCUGAAGACGUCCCCAGAGAAACCCAUUACAUUAGCUGUCGGAGACGGAGCCAAUGAUGUCAGUAUGAUCCAGGAGGCUCAUGUAGGAAUAGGUAUCAUGGGGAAGGAGGGAAGACAAGCUGUACGAAACAGCGACUAUGCAAUCGCUAGGUUUAAAUUCCUCGCCAAGUUACUGCUCGUCCACGGACACUUCUACUACAUUCGAAUAGCAACGCUCGUCCAGUACUUUUUCUACAAGAAUGUGUGCUUUAUCACACCGCAGUUUUUAUACCAGUUCUUCUGUCUGUUUUCACAACAAACGCUGUAUGACAGUGUGUAUCUUACACUCUACAACAUCUGCUUCACCUCCCUUCCCAUCCUGGUGUACAGUCUCUUUGAACAGUUGGUUCAUCCUCACAUUCUACAGAGCAAGCCAGCACUUUACAGAGAUAUCAGUAAGAACUCAUUGCUGUCCUUCAAAACCUUUCUGUAUUGGACGAUCCUGGGCUUCUGCCACGCCUUUGUCUUCUUCUUUGGCUGCUACAUCUUGAUGGGAGAGGACACAAGUCUGACGGGAAAUGGACAGAUGUUUGGAAACUGGACUUUCGGGACAUUGGUGUUCACCGUCAUGGUCAUUACCGUAACCUUGAAGUUGGCGCUGGAGACACACUUCUGGACGUGGAUGAACCAUUUUGUCACGUGGGGCUCCAUCGCUUUCUACUUCAUAUUCUCCUUGUUUUAUGGGGGAAUUAUAUGGCCUUUUCUCCACACCCAGGACAUGUAUUUUGUCUUCGUCCAGCUGUUGUCCAGCGGCUCGGCCUGGUUUGCCAUUAUCAUCAUAAUCAUCACUUGCCUCUUCCCUGACGUCAUAAAAAAAGUGUUUUACAGACACCUAAAUCCCACCAGCACGCAGAAAUCUCAGUGUAUGGAGGCGUACGAAGGCAUUACCUGUAUGGACUCAGUGUCUUGUUUCCCAGAAGGCCGUGGUCUCUGUGGCUUUCUGGAGCGACUGAAGCGAGCCAACAGAUCGUGGAAUGACUCAGAUCCGUUUGCUUCCAAUGACCGCAGCAUUUUGACCCUCUCUCCUGUGGAAGCCUCUCACUGCUAGGGUAUAAAGAAGUCAUCGACUUACAGAGGAAAUCUCUCAAUCUUUAGGCUUUUUUGUUUUGUGUUUUAACACUGAAAAAAGAAGAGUGAAUUUUAUUUUGGUAUGCACCGCAAUUAGAACUGGACCGUCCUUCCUGAGGAAAUGGGUCUGAACCAUACGAGGCUCUCUGACGUCAUCUCCCGAAAGGAAGCAGACUCCUCAGCUUCAGCUCCAUCCAUCCAUCCUUCAACCUUAUUUAUGCAUUUACGCUUUUUGUUCUUUCAUGAUCCUCAUCCGAUUUCCCGUGCACACGCUGUUCUUGUUGUUUUUCUGCAAGCGUGUAUGUUUUCUGAGCGAGCCUGCAGAACGCACUGCUCCUCAGGUUUCAGAGGCCUUUGGGUUACUUUUGCAACUGUUAAAGCCACUUUAAAAAUGUGCUUUAUUUCAGAAGGUCAGGAGCGACUCUGCCAAAAAACUCAAUAUUCGCUUUACUCUUAAUGUCGUCUAUCAGUUGAAACAUUUUAGUGCACCAGGUUGUUUUUUUUGUACUGGAGCUGUAAUUGUACAUUCAACAGUGGAUGAAAUUAUUAUUAUAAUUAUUAGUAUAUUAAAGUGACACUAGAUUUUACA